CAAUGGUGGAGACUUUACAUUUAUUCUUUUGAUUUAAUAUUUGAAAGCGAAACACACAUUUUCACUGUGAGUGUAUUGUUUUGAAUAGCCACAUUUUGAUUUUAGCAAAUGAAAAAAAUAGAUCUUUCAGUUUUUAAAAACUAUUACAUAUAUGCAGCCAUGUAAUUGGUAGUUUUGAACAGUGAGGUGCAGAUAUAAUAUGCAUGUAACUGCACGCCCACCUGACUCCCAUGAAACUAAUUAGGUUUGUGACUAAAAGGAAGUCACUAUUGUACAGCAGUGGGUUUGUGUCAUUACUGAACUCCAUUGGGGACUAGUUGCUCUGUUUAUUUGGCCUGCAGGCCUUUCAUGGAAAUCUUUGUCAGCUACAGUACCUGGCAACUCUCUCCUGAUUCAGGUGUGGCAUUGGAGGUGAAAAUAUUUUCUUCAUAUACACUGAAUAUGACCUAAUGUUGAAGUUUUUAUUUUGUGGUUUGACUUAAUGUAUUGUGACCUUAGUGGACUCUCUAGCCUGUAUCCCUGCACCACCCUACAUCCACAUUCUCUUGUGCGUCAGCAUGUAACCAGCAAUUACCACUUAAUGACAGAGGGAAGGUUAAUCAGGCACGUUUUCACACCUCAUUACUGUAAAAGGAGAGCCAUUACAUUAAUCAUUAGAUUUAUUAAGAAUGUAAAAAUAUGCAUGAAAUGAAUUUAAAAAAUACUGUAGGAUUUUCUGAUAUGAAACAUGUACAAAAUGUGUAUUCAUGUUCUUAAUGUAAAAGUAAGGACAGAAUCUUGAUGUGGUCUUUUUUUUAAAACAUAUCUUUGACGGCCAGAGUAUCCCACUGGUCCUUCAUAUAAUGAGAAUGAAGACAUGUGGGAAAAUGGCAGGGAAGUUCUCACUCCUCCUUACUUGACACUAAUGGCUGACACAGGCUGUUAAUGCCAGCCGCAUAGCAAGUACUGCCAUGGUUACCUGUGUGGAAACCAAGCCAUUAGGGACUCUGACUCCUCCCAUCCCACAUCUCUCUCCCUGACAUUAUAAACAUGUUUACUGACCCUGAUUCUGCCACAGAAUGAGUAAAAUGACGAAUUAUCUAUUCUUCAAAAAUGAAAGUGAGGCCUGAUUUUCUUUUGUGUUAACAAGUGAAUCGAAGACAUUUCUCUUUGUAUCAUACUGACUCACUAGCUUGUCAUGCAGGCAUACGUCACGGCAAUGUAGGAUGUCAAAUUGUCUAAAUAUUGUUAUAUUCUUGCAAAGGUGAAUGUAAUUUCAGUACACUAACAUUUGUAACUGAAAAUAUUCACAUAAAUCGAGUGCUAACAGCAACUGUUGGCUACCAUGAUUUUGUGAUCCACUGGGGACUGAUGGUGCAACAAGGGGAGGAGACAGAUCCACGGAGGAUUUGGUCUUUGAGAACAUCCUUAACAGUCAGUUGUCAUCAUCUCAAAGAAAAACGUGCACCUACAAUGUGGUCGUUAAAUGUGUGGAUGAGAUUUUGAUCUGUGAAAAAUGAGUUGGAUGCUCUCCAUCUGGGUGGCUGCAGCCCUGCUGGCUCUCUGUAGGGGAGAAAACACUGUGCAUGAAGGAAAUAGCCUGUCUCCAUUUGGCUACCACCUAUGUAUUCGUAAUGAGACAAGGAAUGUGACUUUCCUAGCGAUGCAUAAGGUUCCCUAUACUGUGACGAAGCCUUGUGGUGACUGGCUGCUCUGGAAGACAUGUACAGUGACACUUUACAGGAUGAUCCAUCAAACUGAGUACAAGACAGUGAUGCAGCAGGUGACCAGGUGCUGCGAUGGCUACGUUCAAGUUGGUCGUUACUGUGCCCUUCCUGUAAACAGGAGUGGGGAGUUCACUGCCAAGCCAGGAUCCUGUCCAAGUGCUGAUGGAUUGUAUCCCGGAUCUGAGGACUGUGAGUGGGACAUAGACUGUCCAGGCUGGCAAAAAUGCUGCCAGAGAUUGAAUCGCUCGCUCUGCAGUGAUCCUGCAAGCUCAACAAAUUACUCUGAGAAUGGAGGAUACCGUUUUAAUGCAACAGUGACGGUGAAGACAGAUUAUGAGCAACUGCUGUCCAAGGACAAAGGACAUCUGAAUCACACAAGACUACUACAGGCAAUGGUGACUGGAGCUCUGCAGUCUGAUGUUUCUGUUUAUUACCUGAGCUCAUGGCCCGUGUAUCCCUACAGAACGGCAACUUCACUGCUGAUUGACUGUAACUUUACUCUUUCACUGUACAACGUCACAUCAAAGCUGCAUCUUCUCCUCAAACACAUACAGGAAGUGUCAUCUGUAACCGUGGAAGAUGUAGAUGAGUGUACACAGUCUGCUCUCCAUCAGUGUUCCCCUCAGGCAGACUGUAACAACACAGUGGGCUCCUACCAGUGUGCCUGCCACCAAGGAUAUUCUGAUGUUGACCCGAGAAACCCUGGAGCCCAUUGUUCAGCUGAUGUCAGUGUGUCAACCACCACGGAGCUCCAGUGGACAAUAUCACCCAACCUCACCUACACUCCAGCUUCAAACACCACACAGGUCCCUCAGGGCCACAGCACCACAAGUCUUUUCAACUCCACUGAGACCAGCAUGGCUACAGCUCUGAGUAACACAGGUUCUGUCCCUUACAAUUCAUCAUACAGUCUGCAGUGGACAAGUUCUGCACCUUACACCAGCAUGAGCUCAGUUGCAGAGUCUUCUCUGCCAACAACCACAUGCUCCCCUCCCAGCAUCACCAGCUUAUGGUCAACUAAUGUCACUGGAACCUCGUUCUGUCUCUACUGGUCCAGCCAGUUUCAGAUGAACCAGACUUACCAGAUUGGUGUAAGCAAUGGGUCAGAAAUCAUCACCUGGUACACUAAUCGGACCAUGAUGAAAGUGACAGGACUGCACCCAGGAGUGCUCCACCAUGUUACUGUCACACCUUUUGCUUGUGGAAGCCAAGGAACUGCCCUUCAUAUAUCAGUCAGGACUGAUGCUCAGACUGUUGAUGCCACAGCACGACUUACCAACAUCCAGUUCACUGCUGAUCUGCAGAACACCAGCAGCCAUGCCUAUAAAAACCUCACUGAGAGUAUUAUACAAGAGAUCUACCAGUCUCUGUCUCCAGAGAUGAAAGCCAUGGUGGAUUCACACCAGUUGAGAAUUGAAAUCAGAGGCUUCUACCCUGGGAGUGUGGUGGUCAACUUCACCUUCAUCUUUACCCCCAGUGAAAACCAAGACAUCAGGAAUGUGUCUACAGCUCUGCUUGGCUCCCUAAUGAACAGCACCAAAUACACUGUGGAUGAAAACAGCACAAGCAUUAAUGAUUUUAAUGAAUGUGCUUCAGGGCAAAAUGACUGUUCCCAGUGGGCUACAUGUACAAACACUUGGGCCUCCUACACAUGUGUUUGUUGGGAGGGCUUUAUAGACAACAACCCACAAAGGCCUGGGCGAACCUGUCAAGCAAAUCCUACCUUGGACACAGAGACAGUCAUUACAUCAACAACUGAAAUAUUUUCCACUACAGACCCAUUUACCACACUGGUUUCUGCCACUUCUUCACUGAUACACACAGUUGUCCCAGUUGUAACUAAUGCUGAAGCUACCACAACUUAUUAUGCUACAACCACCACUCCUACUUCAACAACAACCACUAGUGUUCCUACAACCACCACUACUGCUGCAAUUGCCCCAACAAACACCAACACCAACCCAAUGACCACAACUAACCUGACAACCUCCACUAUCAACCCAACGAUCACUACUGGCCCAACCACCAUUAUCAACCCGACAACAACCACUACUAACCCAACAACCACUACUACCAACCCAACAAUCACCACCACCGACCCGACCACUACUACUACCAGCCCAACAACCAUUAGAACUGGCUUGACCACCACUACCAACCCAACAGCAACCGCUACUACCAACCCAACAACCAUCACCACCAACCCAACCACCACUACCAACCUAACAACAACCGCUACUACCCCAACAACCACCACUACCAGCCCAACAACCACCACUAUCCACUCCAUUCCAUCAACCAAUGCUACUGUCCAGAGAACCGCCACCAAUGCCUCUAUGGAAGGAGCCAUCUCAGUCCAGUGCAGAGUUGCUGCCAUCACUGUGUCAGUUUCCAGGGAUUUUCUUCUGAGCACCAAGAUCAGAGAGAGCACCCUAUAUUUGGGCUCACUGGACUGUGGCGUCAACGGAGGCAAUGCCACCCAUGCCCAACUGACCGUGGCCUGGAAUGAGUGUGCCACUUUGCUUGUGCAUAAUGAAACCCACUACACAGCAUUAGUAAAGCUGUUUAACACUAUGGAUCAGUACACUUCACCUAGUGGUACAGUUGAGGCACCCAGAAUACAUCUGGAGGUUCCCAUCAUUUGUGGCUACUUGAAGAGCAUGCUUGUCUCUGCUGACUUCAGCUCCAUGGGGUAUGACAUGUUCGAAGAUGGCAUCAUGGGCUUUGGGUCAUUUCAGGUGACAGUGCAGCUGAUGAAUGGCACAGUACCUUUACCCUACAACUACAGCUUGUCCCCUGAAGAGGCUGUGGUGGUGGAUGUCAGCCUCAACACCUCCUCAGAGCAGAUUAAAGUAGUUAUCAACAGAUGCUGGGCCACUCCCACCCAACACCCAACAGACACCAACAGCUAUGUCUUCCUGGAGAACGGCUGUUCCUUGAACUCAUACACCAAAGUGUUGAGCAAUGGGAACUCCAGCACAUCUCGUCUGUCUGUACAGAUAUUCUCCUUUGUCAACCUGAAUGUGAUCUAUCUACACUGCCAUGUCCAGAUCUGUGCACAGAUUGGAUCAGACACCUGUGUGCCUGACUGCAUUCAAAGAACAGCUCGGUCUUCAAAGACAAUCGGAUCAGCUUUCGGUUCUACUGGGCCUCUCCUGAAGUUAGAUCAAGAUGCCUUGGACGAGGAAUACAGCACUCUUCACAUAGUUGGACUCUCUUGUCUCGGAAUUGGCCUGUCACUCUGUUUCAUCAUUGCUUUUGUCUGCCUUUUCUACUACCAAAGGAACCGCAUUGGACACUACAACUUCAGCGUCAAACCCAAGCAGGAGAACUUCACCUACCUUGUCUUUAACGCCUAGGGGUACGUUAAAGACAAGGUAUUGAAAAAGAUUCUUGCUGCAGCAGGAUAUAUUUGGUAGGCUAUGACAGUAGGCUGCAGCUACCACUGAGUGGCGCUAUUGUUUCAUACAUUGCAAGUCUUUGCACAUUAAACAAUGAAUAAAGUAAGUAAGUAAUUAUAUUUCAUCUGUCCCCUCAGCAUAUAUUUAAGAUAUUAAAAUGACAGAGUAGUUAUACACUGGGUAAUGUCAAAUAUGUGAAUGUAAAUAUUUUGUGACUAUUUAACAUUUAAAAAUGAAUGGAUAUGAACUUAAAAAUGUAACUUUUCUGUCUUGAAAGUUUUAAGCUACAUUUUGUCUUUAGUCAAGACCAGCUCAGAGAUAUGAUAUCACUGGAGACAAAACAUACUCAACUAAAUUCAGAAUAUGGAAAUUACCCACCAAGUGUGGAAGAUAUUUCACUGCAUGAUUCACAUAAAAAUAUAAUGUAAUGCUAUUGCACUAAACUAGCUUGUAUCGUGCUGUAUAAAUGAUCAUGUCAAAUAUUCAUAAAGUGUACUAUCUGCAAUAUGGUGAAGCACAGCAAACACUUUAUUUUCUUUUAGCUGCUAUUUUUGUACAACUACAUUGUUUUUAUUUGUCAAACAUCUGAAACAUACUCUCUGUUCUCACUUGUUACUGCUGGAAGUGGUGUGACAAUAAACAUGUCCUGUAUGAAUGCAAACA